AUGGCCCCGCCAGAUCUGAAUCCGGAGGAAUUGAGUCGUCCUAGCGCUAUAGGCGGAGACGGUGAUUGCCCGAAAUCGUCUCCGGACCGGACCACAUCCACGCCAUACACAACCCGCGACUUCGCGAGCGAAGCAACCGAUUCCACAAGUGCCGAAACAACCCAGUACCGCGGGCUUCCCGAGUCUGCCCUCGAGACCGCUCGCUCGUCGAUGUCAAUCUCCGAGGCCCCCGUCGGCAACCGCAUGAGCAUCAGCUCGUUGUAUAGCCUGGCGUCUGUCCGAGGUGUCCCGAGCUCGGCGGCGUCGGUUAGCGGAAGCUUCGUCAUGGAUCCCAGUGGGGGAUCCAAGGCUCUUGUCGCCGCGCAGUCCGAUUCGGGGACGUCCCAUGCAACAGCCGUCCCAAGUAGCCAGGAGCCACCGGGCUCACAGCAGCCCGCGCCUCACGAUGCCCACGCGCAGCAACAUGGCGAGGCGGUCAAGAAGCUACAGCAGGGACAGCAGCAGCAGCCCCAGAAUAGCGCAACCCCCGCGCCGCGCCCGCAGCCCACUAGGUCUAGGAGCCGGGCUAAGCGCAGGUUCAGCGGGAGCACGGGGGCUAGCAGCCACAACAGCCCGAGCGGCGACCGGGCCGGGCUGCACCGGCCGGAAAAGGAGGAGCAGAAGCCGGCGCCCUGGGGUGUCAUUGGCGUGUGUGCGCUGGACGUGAAGGCGAGGAGCAAGCCGAGCAGAAACAUCCUGAACCGGCUGAUACAGAACCGCGAGUUCGACGUCUGUGUCUUUGGGGACAAGGUUAUUCUGGACGAGGGAAUCGAGAAUUGGCCGAUAUGUGACUAUCUCAUUUCCUUCUAUUCCGAUGGUUUCCCCCUGGAGAAAGCCAUUGCCUACGUCAAGGCUCGCAAGCCGUUUUGUGUCAACGACGUGCCUAUGCAAAAGAUACUCUGGGAUCGCCGCCUCUGCCUACGCCUACUCGACCGCAUCGGUGUCCCCACGCCCCAGCGCAUCGAAGUGAACCGCGAUGGCGGCCCGAGACUGCUCACGCCCGACAUCUGCAAGCACAUCCGAGAGGUCAGCGGCAUCACGUUCGAGCCGUUCGACUCCGAGUCAGAGAAGGCCAAGGCGGCGCCCCCUCGCAAGGUGGAGCUGCUGGACGGCGGCGACAUCCUGUCCGUCGACGGCACGCUGAUCAAGAAGCCCUUCGUCGAGAAGCCGACCAGCGGCGAGGACCACAAUAUCAUCAUCUACUUCCCCUCGUCGACCGGCGGCGGUGCCCGCAAGCUCUUCCGCAAGAUCGGCAACAAGAGCAGUGAGUUUGUGGAGGACCUGACAGUGCCGCGAGCCAUCACACAGCCCAACGACAGCUUCAUCUAUGAACGCUUUAUGCAGGUGGACAAUGCUGAAGAUGUCAAGGCGUACACGGUUGGCCCGGCCUACUGCCACGCCGAGACGAGGAAGUCGCCCGUUGUGGACGGCGUUGUCCGCCGCAAUACACACGGCAAGGAGGUGCGCUACGUGACGGCUCUGAGCAGCGAGGAGAAGGAGAUCGCCAGCAAGAUUAGCACCGCUUUCGGCCAGCGGGUCUGCGGGUUUGACUUCCUGCGCGCCGGUGGCAAGAGCUACGUUAUCGAUGUCAACGGCUGGAGUUUUGUGAAGGACAACGAUGAUUAUUACGACCACUGCGCCAACAUUCUCAAGGAGAUGUUCAUGAAGGAGAAGCUACGCCGGGAUGGCCGAACACCUCCCAUGCCGUCUCCUGUGAUUUCCGACGUGGAUCCCAUGUCGGUUCGCGCGAGCCAGGCCAACAAGGAGAGGGAGCACAUCUCGCAGGGCCGACCAAGCAUCGACUACAGCCGAUCAGCUCGCGAGUCGCUGGUCGAACCGGUCCCGAACGUCAAGUCGGACUCCAAGCACGGGAGCAUACCCGCCAGUCCACUUGGGAGCCACUUUCCCGCUGCUGUGCAGGAUAGCACGCCAUCUACUGCGCCGUCGCUCACGACGUCCGCUGCGCCUUCCAUCCGGCCCGAGACCGCGGCUCAGGACGAACAGGAACCGCCUCCGCCACCGCCUCCCAAGCCUAGCUGGAAGCUAAAGGGCGUGGUGUCGGUCAUUCGCCACGCGGACCGCACACCCAAGCAGAAGUACAAGUUCACGUUCCACACCGAGCCCUUCAUUGAGCUGCUCAGGGGCCACCAAGAAGAGGUCCUGCUGAUCGGCGAGCCAGCCCUGGCGAGCGUCAUUGAUGCAGUCGAUCUAGCCAUGAAGGCCGGCAUCGAAGACCGCGCGAAGCUCAAGGCCCUGCGCAACGUCUUGAUCAAAAAGGGCAGCUGGGCCGGCACAAAGGUGCAGAUCAAGCCCAUGUUCCGGAAGAAGCCCGAGCCCAAGACGGCUGAGGCGCAGAAGGACACCCCUGCCAAGGAGGAAGAGCCGGUCCAGACGGACGAGGACGCCGAUAAGAAGGACGGCGAGCAGACCCCUCGCAAGAAGCCUCCUCGGCGACACGACUCGCUCUCGGGCGUCACCAUGUCCAAGUUCACGGCCGCCGAGGAGAGGCUGGUGCUCGACAAGCUGCAGCUCAUUGUCAAGUGGGGCGGCGAGCCGACUCAUUCGGCCCGCUACCAGGCGCAGGAGCUGGGCGAGAACAUGCGCAGCGACCUGGGCCUGAUGAACCGCGAGGUACUCGACGAGGUGCACGUCUUCAGCAGCAGCGAGCGCCGCGUCGUGACGAGCGCCCAGAUCUGGGCGGCGAGCUUUCUUAAGAAGAAGGACGUGCCCGAGGAUUUCAUCACGAUCCGCAAGGACCUGCUGGACGAUUCGAACGCGGCGAAGGAUGAGAUGGACAAGGUCAAGAAGAAGCUGAAGGGCUUGCUGCGCAAGGGCAACGAGCGCCCGCCGCAGUUCGCCUGGCCCGACAACAUGCCCGAGCCGUCCGAGGUGCAGACGCGCGUGGUCCAGCUGAUGAACUUCCACCGCAAGGUCAUGCACCACAACUACGCCAAGCUGUACAGCGGCGUGGUAAACCCGCCCGGCGCGGCUAGUGAUCCGAACCUCCAUGAGAAGGGGCUGGCCGAGGGAGGAUCAUCGGGCGUAUCCCUGUCUUCGCUCGCUUCGGCCGGGUCGUCGCUGUCGCAAAUCAACGCGAUCAGCAGUAUCCAGGCCCGGUGGUGCUGCGGCGAGGACUCGGAGCUGUUCCGGGAGCGGUGGGAGAAGCUCUUUGCGGAGUUUUGUGACGGCGAGAAAGUGGAUCCUAGCAAGAUCUCGGAGCUGUACGACACGAUGAAGUUCGACGCCCUACAUAACCGGCAGUUUCUCGAGUGGGUGUUCACGCCGCCAAAAAGCAUGCUCGAGGACGAGUACGGAAUGUCGCUGAACGGGAACGGGAAGGAGGGCAAGACGUCGCCACCGGCCAAGGACGGAGAGGAGGGUAACGGGCCCAGGGCGGAGGAGAAGCAUGCCUCUGGAAGCAGCCUGGGCGAGAGGAUAGAGAACUCGGGCCACAAGACGGUCAAGCGUAUCUUCCGACGCCGGUCGUUCCUCAAUGGGCCGCGGAAUGGCGGCGGGGCGGAGCCGCCUGAGAAGUACUUCCACCUAUACAAGGGCAACAGUCAGACCAAGGCGAAGACGGACGCGCGGUUCGAGCCGCUGCGCGAACUGUAUCAGCUCGCCAAGGUGCUGUUCGACUUCAUCUGUCCGCAGGAAUAUGGCAUCUCCGACAGCGAAAAGCUCGAAAUCGGCCUCCUGACUUCGCUGCCCCUGCUCAAGGAGAUCGUGCAGGACCUCGAGGACAUGCAGGCGUCGGAUGAGGCCAAGUGCUUCAUCUACUUCACCAAGGAAUCGCACAUCUACACGCUGCUCAACUGCAUCCUCGAGGGCGGCCUCGAGACCAAGAUCAAGCGGGCAACGAUCCCCGAGCUCGACUACCUCUCGCAAAUCUCGUUCGAGCUGUACGAGAUGCCGGCCAACCCGCCCCUCGACGCCGAGGGGAGCCCCGUGUUCAACUAUAGCAUCAAGAUCACCAUCAGCCCGGGCUGCCACGUCUUUGACCCGCUCGACGUGCAGCUCGACAGCAGGCAUUGCAUCGGGUGCGCGCCCCGUCGCAGCUUGACGGCCCAUGCGGAUUGGAAGGUGGUGAUUGAGACGCUGCGAGCCAAGUUCCAUCAGGUGAAAUUGCCCAAGACGUUCCUGGCAGUCAAUCUCUCGGAUGCCUUCUCUUUUCAAGAGAAGCAGCAGCAGAGCGAGGGUGAAGGGCUCGAGAUGAAGACGUCCGACCAGGAAGGAGAGAAACUUGGAGAACCUGAAGCAGCCGACCCGGUCGCCACCGCAGCGACCACUGCGGACACUUCGACGGAGGAGAGUACACUGCAGACGCCCAAGGCGGAGGGAGAAGGUGCGGAAGGCGUCUGA